GAAUACCCGUUGCACAUAAGUCAUUUUCCUCAUUUGAACCAGCUGGAACCAAAAUCACAUAUCCUUCCUUUUAAUUCAUCUUUCAGGCGUCAUUUUUUUUUUCACUGAAAAAAAACUGAAAAAUUCCUCUCAAGCUCUCUCCUUUGUUUCCUCCAAAUACUAAAAGCUCCACUCGCAGCAGCUACGAAUCCAUUCCACCGGAAGCGUUUUCAGUUCCUCUCCUUUUCAGUAAUGGCGUCUUCCUCCAAGACCACCAGCAACCUCUCUCUGAGCGACUUGGAGCAGUUGGACGAUAUGAAAUACGCCCCCAAAGACUACGACCAAAUCCUCCAGAACAUGUUGACCCAAGAAAGCAUGUGUGCACAGACAAUCAAGAUGAUUGUCGAAUCGACCAGAUAUGGCCUCAACCUUGACGUGGCCGCUGAGAUCGGGUCCCAGGCCGGCAACAGUGGUAUUGUUCCCAAGGUUGUCCCCCUCACCGCCGUCAUGGACUACUAUGCCAGUGCCGGAAGAACCAGUGAUGCUUUCAAAGUGUUUCUGAAGAUGUUAGCAAACGGGAUAACCCCCAAUGCGUACACCUAUACCGUGAUCAUCAAGGCACUUGCUUCUUGCUCCCCCAGGGACCCUAAUUUUCCACAUUUCGUUAAGUUUGCAAAGAUGUACUUUGUGGAAAUGUUGGACAAGGGAUUGCAGCCAACUCCUGGCACCUACAUUGCCUUGUCUGAGAAACUUGACGAGGGCAGAGACAGAAAGGAGUUUGGAGAGCUGAUUAAAGCUAAGGGGUUUGUGCUUCCUCCAGAUGAUUUUCAUACGGCUGAGAGGGAUCAGGAAAUUCCAUUUAUCACUGAAGGCCUAGUUGAAGCUGCUUUUCGUCAAAGGAAGGUGUUUGAAGAUGCAACCAAAGACACUAAUGAUAAGGAAAUGCAACAAACAUUUGAAAAGAUGCGCACCAAUUGGAUUGUGGAAGAAGCAUGGAGAAUGUAUCAUGGUUUGUUAAAGGACAGCCAAGUUGAUCAAGCCAAUGAGUUCUAUAAACAGAACAAGAGGGGAAUAAUUCCCGACGUGGCCAUCCACACUGUCGUGAUUGAGGCCUACGCCAAUGCCGGGAAGGCUAAGGGUGCUCUCAAGGCUUACAAGCACAUGUUGGCCAAUGGGGUCGACCCCAAUUUGUACACUUACAGUAUACUGAUCAAGGCACUGACUGCUGACCUGGAUUUCGUUCUGACUGCCAGGAAAUACUUUCUGGAGAUGUUGGACAAGGGAAUAAUACCCAAUAGUGAUAUCUAUGAAGCCGUGUCCAAGGGAGCUAAGGCAGAGGACAGGGAGUACAUGGAGUUUGCUGAGGCUGUGCUAGCUAAGGGGAUAAAAGUCUUAAAGGAGAAAGAUGUAUCAGGCAAAGAAGGCGACCGAGAAGACUUGGGAACAAUCUUGCUCAUGUUAGAAUGUGGGAUCCCAUGUAAGGCUGAAUCGUACAAUAUGAUCAUCAGGAUGCUCGCCUUCCAUAAUCCUUGCCCCUCUGCUGUUCAGUAUGCCAAGAAGUACUUUCUACAAAUGCUUGAGAAGGGAAUGCAGCCUGAUUCCGGUACCUAUACCCUCGUGAUGGAGGCCAUUGCCUGCCAAUCGGACAGCAAGGCGAAGGUGAUAGAGGAGGCCAGAGAGUUUAUGAAGCAAAUUAAAGAUAAGGGUCUUUUGCUUGACAAUCCGAGUUAUUUUGAGUUCCACGACCACCUUGAAGAUGCAGUUGAUACAUUCAGGAUGUUCGAAUAUGCCACCAGAACCGAUGACGAGGAGAUGAAAGAAAUCUUCUUGAAGUGGCGCACCAAUCGAGAGGCAGUCAUGAAAUUUGGAUUUGAUAUGCUCAGUGGUCUGGUAGAUGACGGCUAUGGGGAUGAGGCCCUUGAGCUUUUCGAGCCGGUCUUUGAAACAGGCAUAUAUCCCCCCAUUGUCCUGCACACAGCUAUCAUCCAGGCCUAUGUUGAUGCUGGCAAGAUGAAGGGAGCUUUCGAGGCCUACCUUCGCAUGUUAGCGGCUAAGAUCACUCCCAACUUCUACACUUAUAGUGUCCUCAUCAAGGCACUCUCUGCUGAUCCUAACUUGUUUAAGUCUGCCAAGGUUAACUUGCUGGAUAUGAUGAAGAAGAAAAUGCAUCCUAACGCGGGUACCUACACAGCAGUGUUUGAGGGCUUUGCUCGGCAGGGGGACAAGGGAGUGGAGGAGGGAAGGGAGUUUCUGAAUGAGAUGAAGGGCAAUGGAUUUGAGCCUAACGAGGGCGCUGUGAGGGAGGUGCUGAGAGGAAGAAAAGGUGAAGUGGUCGAAGGGGUCAUGGAAAUUCUGUUUGACAAGUCUCACCUGCCUUGUGUUUCUUCUUUGACAAACAGGUUUCAGAACAUCAUGCAGUGAAUAUGGUUGGCCUGCUGUUGUUGUUAUGUUGUCUGAUGCAGAAAGUUUAGUGUAAUUGCUGCUGGUACCAUUAAGAUUAGUAAUUCCAGAUAUGCUUUCGUAUUGACUGUUGCAACUAAUCGCUUAAUUAUGCUGUAACGAACAAGUUUAGUGUUCUCUAAUCAAAACCAUAUUCCUGUUCUCUUUCA